AUGUAUUCUCAAUCCCUCGUUACUCUGCUUUUCUCACUUACGACCUUUCCCUUGAUCAAAAGUGCAUAUGACAGUCUUUUGUUCACGGAGGAUUUCUUCCCUUUAAUCAAUGCACGUCUUGAUCCAAUUGUCACGCCUAAUAAAGUCAGUGGACACGUUCAUCACGUAGUUGGGAGUUCUGCUUUUUCUGCUGGUCAGGAUUAUGCAAGUUCAAGAGAUGCAAACUGCACUUCAUCAAAUCUCUCGGCUGAUAAAUCCAACUUUUGGGCUCCUCAAUUAUACUACAAGUGGAGAAAUGGAACUUACACCGCCAUCACAGGGGACGGUAUGACUGCUUACUGGAAAUACCCUCUCACUAAUACCGACGCUUCCGAUCCAUUCGCCACUAUUCCAGAUGAUUUCAGGAUGUUGGCUGGUGAUAUUAAACGAGAUGAUUACGAUGCCAAUAAAGCUGUCAGUUUCUUAUGCGUAGAUGCUAAUCAUAGUUAUGAUUAUACCGAUUACAUGCCUACAAAUAGGGAAUGUCUUACCCUUCGACCCCAACUUCACUUUCCAGAAUGCUGGAAUGGAGUCGAUGCUUUCAAGGAGGAUAACUCACAUGUGGCAUAUCCCGUUGACGCUAAUCCAGAAGGAGGUAAAUGCCCUGAUGGAUUCAAUAAGAUCCCUCACCUGUUCUUGGAAAGUACAUAUCACAUCAAGACUGAAAACAUAGGUGAAGGAUACGAAUGGUACCCAGGAUGUUUCGUUCUGGCCAAUGGAGAUAAUCAUGGGUUCUCGUAUCACUCUGACUGGCUCAAUGGAUUCCCAUCUGGAUUUUUGACUGAAGCGUUUCAUCAAUGUUAUGAUACUGCUUCUGGGAUCUUCAUCCAAGAUUGUCCUUAUAUCCAACGAUAUAGAGGUGAUAUUGGAAGAGACUGUAAUACCGAAGGUGAUGUAAUCAACGAACACGUUGGUCAACAUGUAGCUAUAGCAAGUUUACCAGGUAACAACCCUGAAUAUAAUUCGUCAAAAGCUUCAACUGAUUAUCCAAAGAAAUCGAUCGCUGGAUAUACAGAGAAAGCUUCUAUCGUAAAAGCCUCAGACACUUUGGGUGGUUUUUGCGUUCAAGGCACUUGUACAGAUUAUAUAGGAAGUGACGCUAUAACCCAAGAAGGACCUGGCGAAGCUGUCUCAAUCGGAUCUUCAAGUAUUGGAACUGGUAAUGAUUCCCCUUCAAUUGCUGCCACCGCUACCGCUACCGAUACCUCAGUCGGCGGAUCCUCCGGAUCUUCUUCAGACACUUUAUCAUCUACGGCGACGUCCAACACAGGCGCAAGUGGGACAAUAAUGACUGAUUUACCUGGUUCAACAGGAAAUACAACACCUCUCGCUGCAAUUGAAAGCGGUGUUGAUUCAGCCACUAUUCAACCCGUCGGUAGUUUCACGCCUGUAACUACCACCGACAGUUCCUCCACCGCCGCUACUUCCACUGCCAAACAUAGAUGGGCUGGUGGUCAGUUCACCCGAAGAUCGGGUAUGAGAAGACUCCUCGAUAGAGAUUCGCCCGAGAAGGAACUGGAUGUACCUGUACUACUAUCCGCAAUGUCAUAA